AAUUCUAAUUUGAAAUUUAAUCCUAAUAUACGAUUUAAUGGACUAUGAGACAUUCGUAAACAAUAUAAAAGCCAUCGUAAACAUCUCAGAUAAACAUAAUGACGGUUGGAAGUUAAUUACUACAUCUGAAAAUAUAUUAUUCAUCACAAAAGCUAUUUAUCGUUCUACACACGAUAUUUCCAACGAUCAACAAAUUGAAGAUGACUCAAAUAUUCAACAAUUUGAAUCUAACAGCAUUAAUGAUUGUAUUUCGGUAACGAUUAAAUGGGAGUAUAACAUUAUUUAUUCGGAAAGUUAUCGAGUUCCAGUUUGUUAUUUUAAUUCAUGGAAGUGUAAUGGUUCUGUUUUGUUAUUAGAAGAAAUCUGGGAUACUUUGAAUUGUAAACACUUAAGUAUCGAUCUGUAUUCCAUGAUAACUCAAACAGAACAUCCAAUAAAUGGAAUGCCAUAUUUUCAAUUACAUCCGUGUAAAACUAGUGAAAUUAUUAAGAGUUUUCAAGAAUCAAGUCAUAAUUUAGUGGUUUCUUGGAUUAGUUCGAUUUCAAAUUAUAUACAUUUAGAUUUUGAACAUCAGAUUUAUUAUAAUUCAGCCAAACCCGGCGUUGCUCGGGCUAAAAUACAUCGCAUAUUUAAUGGAAUAUAA